AUUUAUUUUAAGUGCAUAAAAUGGGUCAAAAUGUUUCCUCCGAAGAUGGUGUUCGAUUUAAAAAUGCUAUUAACAAACUCACUAAAAUGGAGCUUUUAGAUAUUGAGGCUGCUUUUGAAGAAUUAUCAUCAAAAUCAGGAGAUGAACAAGUUGCCAUUCAAAAACCAACCUGGUUAAACCGUGAUAAGUUUGCAAAAAUGUUUGGUAUAAAUGAUUUAAUUGCUGAGCAGUUGUUUGAAACUUUUGAUCAGGAUAAGAAUGGUUUAAUUGAUCUUAAAGAGUUUGUAACAGGGGCAGCUUUAUGUUUGCAUGGAAGUUUAAAAGACAAAUGUAGACUCCUGUUUAAAAUCUUUAAUCUGAAUGGUGAUGAUGGUGUCAGCCCUGAAGAAUUUUCCAUGGUUUUAACAAGCUGCUUGCAAUCAGCUCAUACUAUGCUUUUGGCUACUCUUAAACAUGAAGGUAUAUUAGAAUUUGAAGAACAAUUAGCUAAUCAAGACGGAGAAGCAUUUGUUGUAUCAGCGGUUGUUGAAAAAAUAGUCAAGGAAGCAUUUGAUAAAUGUGAUACAUCAAGAAAUGGAAAGUUAGAAAUUGACGAAUUCAUACAAUGGGUUUACAAGAAUCCAAGUUUAGUGGAUAACAUAUUUAUGAUGCAGUGUCCUAAACCAAGUCGCAGCGCUAAAGUAGACCUUCCUAAACUUAAACUUACUGAAAAAAAGAGCUUAGAUAACAGUGAUAAAACUCAGCGUAAAAUUUCUGUUUUUGACAUCAUUGCGUCCCCAAAUCCUAUACCAAAUGUCAAAAAUGAAGAAAAUUCUGAAAAUAAACCUACGUUGUUAAAAAUGGCAUCUAAUAUGAGUAUAUCCUCUACAGCUCAUGAAAAGUCAUCUUUAAAAGAAUUGUUUUCAAAUCACAGUGAUAAUGUUGAGAGCUUUUUUGAUGCAUUUAGUGUUGAAAAAGAUGAAACAUUUCAAGAAAGGAUUUUAACUCAUUCAAUAAGUGACACCUUUCUCGAUAGACAAAGUGUUUCAGCAAAUCAAAACAUCAAUUCUGAUAGAACAUUUAAGUUUCCAAAGCAUUCAGUUAUAUCAGACAGUCUUCAGUCAAUUACAUUGUCACAAGAACAUUUGAUUGGAGAAGAUAAUUCAACCUUCAGUUUGAACUCCACUGAUAAAAACUAUAUUUUUCAGCUUGAUGAAAUUAAAGGAAGCUCUGUUCAGCUUAUUAAUAAUGAAAUUGUGCCUCAAGUAGCUGAAGAAGAGUUUGAAAGCACAAAAGAGUUGAAUGAGGCAUUGCAGCAUCAAAAGUUUAAUGCAUGGAUUCCAAAUAAAAAAACACAGCUUUUGCUGAAUAACAUUCAGGAAGGAAAACCAAUUGAUAAUAGCAUUUUAUGUUUUCCUUCUGUACUUGUUGAGGACCUGUUGGGAGAUCCAGUCAAAGAUUUAGCUGCAAGAUAUUUGAGUGAACACGACUCAAGUAAGCGUCCCGUACUUACAGCAGACCAAGUUGAAUUUGAUGAAAAAGGUUUAAAAAGUUUGUUGAAAGCACAGUGCUGGAGAGCAGCUAUUGAUUGGACAACAAAGUAUUUAACAUUUCACGGUCAAGGAAUAUCAAAUCCAAUAAAAAUUGAAAAUCCUCAGCUUACUCCUGGAUUGCUACAAAUUUGGUUUGUGCGUCUCUCCCUAAUGGUAAAACUUCGAAUGUAUAGCAGUGCUGAAGCAGAACUUAAUGCAUUUAAAGAUUUUGAGUCUCCAAACCUUUACUAUCAGUUUUAUCAUAACAUUUACCCUGGUGUAAGAGGUAGCAUGAUACCUUUUAGCUUAAGAUUAUUGCAUGCUGAACUACCCCAGCACAAUGGUCGUCCUAAUAUAGCUUUAGAUCGGCUUUACAUUAUGCUUUAUGAAGUAAAGGCAAUUAUUUCAAAUCUUGAAAAAGGAUUGACAGAAGAAGGAGAUGUCAAUAAGUCUUAUUCAAAGGAAGAUUUUCAAGAGCGUUUGCACAUUUGGAAUUCUCGAUUCUUACAUGUAAACUAUUCAAUUGGGAAUUGUUUUUUGCGAAUGAAGGAAUAUAUGCUUGCUAUUCGGUUAUUUGAACAAAUUAUUCAGUUAAAACCCUCCCAUAAAGCAGCUAUUUUGUCAGGUAUUGGGCGUAUAUUUUUACAAUUGGGAGAUUUAUCUGGGGCUUAUACAUAUUUUCAUCAAGUUGAAGAAUUGUUUGACAAUGAUACAAGUUCAGCAAAUUCAAAUAUAGUAACAAUAAAUAGAGGGUACUAUAAUUUAUGUCAAGGGAAUUAUGAAGAAGCAUAUAAACAUUUUUCCGAUGCAGCAAAACAAACCAACCCAAGUAAUCUUUCGACAAUAAACAACGCUGCAGUAUGCUUGCUGUUUUUGGGUAAAGUAAAAGAGGCUUGUACGGUGUUAGAAACGAUGGUAUGGAAAACGCCGGAAAAAAGUCUUCAUGAAGAUGUCUUGUUAAAUUUAAAUACAAUAUACGAACUCGAAACAUCACGCGCGUUGCAGAAGAAAUACAAAAUUUUGGAUUUAGUUUGCAAGUAUAAAGGCGAUAAUUUUAAUGUCCAGUGUUUAAAACUUUCGUAAAUAUAUAAAAGAAAAAAUUAAAGUUUUUUAAAUUUUUGAUCUGUUUAUGAUUUUUUGUAAAUAUUUUAGCAUCGCUCAUACAUUGUAUGUGCGAUCACGAAACCUGUGUAAAGUUUUUGCGAAACGGUUUAUUUAAAUUUAA